GAAGAUCAGCUCGGCUGAAUCUUUAGCCCAAAUCUUCAGCUUCUUCAUUUGUCUUCAAUCAACAAUCAGCAGCUAUUGUUGACAAAGUGAAUUAGAGCCAAUCUUCAACAGAUCUGGACUUCAUUGCACCAACGUGUUGAAUGUGUUACAUCAUAUGAGAAAGUAAAACUUAAAAAAACCACGGCAAGUCUAAAAUCUAAUAUAUUCUUCAAACUAGCGGGUCAAUGCGUUCACAUUUUAUGCAUAAGCAAUAAAAACAAACUUAAAUUAAACCAACCCAACAUGAAUCCAAAUGUCACUGGCUUCCUAGAAAACCCACCAUGGAUCAGAGACUAUACAACUCAGCAAAAUCAGGACACAUUCUUCACUUCAAACAACUAAUCAAUGAAAAUCCAAGCCUACUUCUAAAACUAACACCUCAUGAAAACACGCCACUUCAUAUCGCCACACUGUUUGGACACAAAAACAUUGUUGCUGAGAUUUACAGUCGGCAGCAGUCCCUCCUUGCUCAGCCAAACUUGGACGGAGACACGCCUCUACAUGUCGCUGCGAGAGCUGGCCGCAUCUCCAUUGUUAGUUUUCUAGUCAACGAGAUGUUUUCUUUGUCUUAUGGAGACAUCGAAAACAAAGGAAACAGAGGGAUUGAGAUUCUGAGGAUGAGAAAUAAGUGGGGCAACACAGUUUUGCAUGAGGCUGUGAGGAACCAUAGUAUCAGAGUGGCUGAGUUUUUGAUGAAGGUUGAUCCUGGGCUGGCCUGUUUUGAGAAUAACAUGGGUGAGUCCCCCUUGUAUCUGACUGCUAGAGAUGGAAUGCUGGAAAUUGUCAAUCUUUUGUUGAUGGCAGCUCGAUCUUCUGCUUAUGGUGGAUCAGAUGGUCAGACAGCUUUGCAUGCUGCAAUCGCAGAGGGGCAUUUUGAUGUCAUUGAAGCCCUUGUAAGAGCAAAACCAGAACUAAUCAAAGAAGCCGAUCACCAUGGUAGAACCCCGCUCUACUACGCAGCAUCCAUGGGAGACCACAGGACAGUUCAAGGAUUACUUCAACUUGACACCGACAUAGCAUACAUGUCCGAUAAAGAGGGCCUAUCACCGUUUCAUGUUGCAGCGUAUAGAGGCCAUACCAAUAUAAUUAAAGAGAUCAUUCGAUAUUGCCCGGAUUCUGGAGAAUUGUUGGACUUGAGAGGCCGAAACAUUCUUCACAUUGCUGUCCUAGGUGGAAAAUUAAGUGUGGUUAGGUACAUUUUAGAAACAACAGAGCUUGAAGGGCUUAUAAACCAAGCUGAUGAUGAUGGAAACACACCCCUACACUUGGCUACCAUAGAAAGAAAAAGUUGGAUAGCACGUUAUUUGAUGUGGGAUGAUAGAGUAGAUCGAAGAGCCAAAAACAACAUUGGCCAAAAAGCCAUCAACAAUGAGUCAAGUACAGAGCCAUACUUGAGAUUUCCAAUGACUACAGGAAUUUGGAGACAACCUUGGUCCCAGAAUUCAUGGAUCACCAGAGAAAACAUUUCCCCAAACACAAUCGAGGACGGAGUAGCAACUGUCGACAAAAUGAGAACUUACAAGCAAAUGGGUCACACCCUCUUAAUGGUCGCCACACUAAUCGCCACUGUCACAUUUGCAGCUGCUUUCACAAUUCCCGGAGGCUUCAAUAACAACGUUGACCCCGAUCAAGGGCAAGCUCUUCUGCAAUCGAGUGCAUGCCUUAAAUGGUUCCUUGUUUCGGACUCCAUCGCUAUGAGCAGCUCUGUGGUUGUAGCUUGCAUACUCUUCUGGGGAGCUGUUAUUGCUAAAGAAAACUACUUUUACUACUUUGCUAGUGCCACUAUGCUAACACAUAUUGCACUGUCUUCAACUGGUAUCGCCUUCACGACAGGAUUGAUUGCUGUUAUGCCCAAUCAGAAUUUUGUUCGUAUCAUGUGUCUUAUAAUAGGUUUAGUUUUCCAAGUUGGAAACUUUCUUCUUUUUUACCUAUUCGUGCAAAUCUUUCCCUUAUUCAAUGUUUUUCAGUUCUUGAUUUAUAUGCUUUGUCGGAUCAAGACCAAAUUUGUCAGAAGAUGAAUAACAUCUCCAGCAAAUAUGCAUAUAUCUCAAAUUGAUUUUGUUUCAGCGAUUUCUACGGCCAGUCAGGUCCAAUUUUUCUAUUCGGUCGGAGAUAAUAAUGACUCUACCGCCCCAUUUUUUUGUAGAAGCCAAAGAGGACUAUGAAUGUUUUUUUUCCUCUUAAUCUUAAUAUUGACUACUUGCUGUUUAAAAGUUCACUUUGACUGGAAUUAAUAACAUUUUCAGAAUGAACCACACCAUUAAAGAACUUCAAGAAUGAAUGAAACAUAAACAAGUCUCAAACCUCAGAUGCUCCCAUACCCGUGUCCCUAAAUGACUAACCGCCUAAGAGCCUUCAACAAAAUCUGAAAGAGUAUACUUGCAUAUAACUUAUGAAGCUUUUCACCAACAUCGUUACUCGGGCUCUGAUAGAAUAUCAUGAUUAGA